UGUACAUUCUAUUUAUCUUUUAUUUUCUACAUGAGAGAUAAUUCAAAUUUCAUUUCUCUAUUCUUACUUAUUUCAUUUUACUUUCUAGGUUUCAGGAUUUAACUGUCAUUUAUCUUUUUCAAAUUGUGGUCAAAUAUUGUCAACUUUCUUGUUUUUAAAUGGUUGCUUUCUAAUAAUUUCUCUUGGAGUUCUUGGAUCAUGGAUGUGAUAUGGUUUUGAACUAACCAUAGGAAAUCCUUAUUCCUAGCAGAUGUCUAGAUCCCUUAAUUCUAAAAUUUUUGCUUGUUUCUGCAUGAGAAAUAAUUAAAUCCUAGAGAUUACUUGCAUACCGUCACUUCCAUAAUUUAAAUACAAAAGGUUUCUUGCCAAAUUUGUUGGGCCCAUGUGCAAGAUAUUGUAUAAUCAAAGCAGUUUGCUCGCAACAACUGAGGAAUUUUUGCAUGGAAAAUCAAUUAUUUUAAUUUUUGAACUAAAUGUCUGUUAGAUAAUUUCUCUUAGAAGUUAUAGUAACUUACUUGGCCACGUACUUUAUAAAUUAGGUCGCAACAGGGGCGAAGAAUCGGACGAAGAAUGGGGCAAAAAAUACCCUGACGAUGAGGCGUGGUUCAAAGAAGCUAGGAGGAAAGUAAAUUUAGCACAGCCUAUGGACCAUCCCGAGGAACUAUGCACCAUCUUCGAGGUCCCCAAGCACAUCCGACAGUUGGAUGAAAAAGCCUACGAACCAAAAAUUGUUUGCCUCGGACCAUUUCGCCGCAAAAUCCUGGGGAGUUACAUCACGAAGUACCACAAGUGGCGGUGUGUCCGGCACCUUCUAUCGCGUGACUCGCGUCAUCAAAGUCAAAAGGAUGCAAGUGAAUUGUUCGACUCCUGCUUGUCGAUGUUGAAGUAUCUGGAUGAGGAGGUCCGGAGCUGCUACUCUCAGGAAUUCUCCAAACUGAAUGCCCAAGAUAUGGCAUUGAUCAUGUUGCUUGAUGGGUGCUUCAUCAUUUACCUCAUGCUAAAAAUGUGUCCCAGGAAGAAACCAUUGGAACCAGGAAGGGGACAAAGAAUGCGAAGAUUAUUGCAAAGGAGAGAGAUCAAGAUUGAGAUAUGGGAAAGGGGUUUAAAUAUCGAGAAGGAUAAAAAGGGGAAGGGGAUUGCAAAGGAGAGAGAGGUACGGAAGUUGGGAGGCGAGGCAACCAAGGAGGAUGAGGGCAAGAAGAGGAGAGAGUUUAUGAUUCGGAUGAGGGAAGGAGAGUUUGUUUUAGAUAUCAAGGAGAAGGAUGAAAAGGGAAAGGGGAUUUUAAAGGAGACAGAGGUAGGAAAGUCGGAAGGCGAGGCAACCGAGGAGGAUGAGGGCAAGAAGAGGAGAGAGUUUACGAUUGGGAUGAGGGAAGGAGAGUUUGUUAUAGAUAUCAAGGAGAAGGAUAAAAAGGGAAAGGGGAUUGUAAAGGAGAAAGAGGUAGGAAAGUUGGAACGCGAGGCAACCGAGGAGGAGGUUUUAAAUAUCGGCGAGAAGGAUGAACAGCUUGAGGGCCCAACUGUGGCAGGGCAGUUCACUAUUAAUUUAGUGGUUUAUGAUCUGCUGAAGCUUGAGAACCAAAUUCCUUUCUUUAUCAUCCAUUUUCUAUUUCGUCAUCUCAAAACAAGCGAGGAUCGGUUGGAUCUUGUUGACCUUGCUCUCGGGCUUUUCAAGGACAUCCAUCCCGAGGAAUCCAAAUCAUUCAAGAAGAAGUCCCCCGAAGAAUACCAUCAUCUGCUCCAUCUAUUUUAUUCAUCUCGGAUCCCUCCAGAAAAGCCAGCAGAGCCCACAAGGGAAAGGGAAGCUACUCCUGCACAAGAGGAAGCCGCUCCUUCACAAGGGGAUCCGAGAUCUGCACCGACUUCGACAUCUGCACAAGGGUCUCCGACAUCUACACCCAAGUGGAUUCCUAGUGCGACGGAGCUCGACAGGGCUGGGGUGAAGUUCAAGAGGAAGGAUUCGGCAGAAUGUUUCUUGAACAUGGAAUUCCAGACAAGAAACAUGAAGCUCAUGCCACUGCAAUGCCUCUGGAAUUUGUGUUUAAAGCUUAGGAGUGGGCGGAUGGAGAUCCCACAACUGCAAAUCUAUGACUAUACCGGUCCUCUCUUCCAAAACCUCAUAGCUUUUGAACAGUGCUAUUUCGACACUGAGAUGUACUUUACAAUAUACGCACUCUUUAUGGACUGCAUCAUCGACCAGGCUGAGGACGUGCGGUUGCUCCAAUUGAAAGACAUACUGAAACAUAAGCUAAGCAGUCCUCAAGAUGUGGCAGACCUCUUCAAUCAGUUGGGCAGUCAUUUGCACUAUGUUCAGAAAAAGAACCACCUUACAAAUCAGAUUGAGGAAAUAAACAAGUUUUGUGACUUCAAAUGGCACAAAUGGCUUGCUGCUUUGAGGCGAGACUAUCUUGGCAACCCAUGGACUACAAUUUCAGUGUUGGCAGCGGUCUUUCUUCUCUUGCUGACCGUCGAGCAGGCAGUAUUUUCUGCAUUGUCCUAUGUUCACCCUUCAUAGGUGUUAUUAACCUGCUUGCCUAUGCAAACAGGGAUCAGAAGAUAGAUAUAAUGGAAGGGUGAGUGGAUAAGAAAGAAUCCCUCCAAACAUGGAUACUGGAGAAUUUUUCGUUUAUCUGGGGAGAAUCGAAUCUAGACGGUUGACUGUGGUUGUUAGGCAGUAUAGAUAAAUAAGGUUGGCUAUGCUGUUGAUCUCCUAAAAAUAAUUUGCUAUGAUGUAUCAUGGUUGGUUUGUAA